CAAACUCCAAAUGAUGUCCCACUCACAACAGAGGAAGUUAGCCAAAAAUGAGAUUGACCCUGAAACACCCUUCUGUGAAAGCUCCUUCUCAUCCUCUUCUCCUUCUUCCUCUUCACACUCUUCUUCUUUCAAUUCCCUUGCAAACUUCCUCACAACACAAACAGUACAAACCGGCGGAGACAAUAAACGUCACCAUAACCGUCAUUUCACGAGGCAUCAUGACCGUAAAAUAAUCGGGUCUAGCUGUUUUAGCGUCUAUUCUAAGUCCUGGGAAAAGUUGAAGUACAGUUUUGGUUCGUUUUCUCACAUGGCCGGCAAUAAUAACGAAUCAUCAUCGCUUAAUGUUCUCACGGCAUUCAGAAAGAAGAGGGUAACUGGACAACAGAAGGAGGAACUCGAACGAGAGGUCUCUGUGCUUCACAAAAUGCUAGCACAUGAACAAAAGGUGCACCAGUAUCUGGAGCAGCUCCAUCAGCGAAAGGACGGUUCUGCCCUCGCUAUCCCAGAUUUUCUUCCGCAAAAUAUGAAAGACAUACUGGGUGAGCUGGCAAUGGUGGAGAAUGAGAUAACGCGACUCGAGAGCCAGAUCAAGCAUCUCAAAACCCAAGUCAAACACGAGAAGGAAGUCAACAUGGAGAAAAAGUACAAGGAAUGGGGACGCGGGACUCUCAAGAACCGUCUCGAGUCUUCACCACUGCCACCUCAGCACCCGAACAGGAAAACAAAUGAGAAAGUGACGUACGAAAGCAAGGCACUGCAUUUCAUCAAUAAGGCCAUCAAAGGAGAGUACCACACAAGUAGCAACUUCAGCCUCAACCAGAAAGAAGGGCAUUUUCGGGAAAGGCUCACAAAAAGAAGCUCCAUGCUCAACUCACCCUCACCAUUGAGGGAAUCGAGGCAUCCGACCCCAAGGAGAGACCGUAGUCUUGAGGUUCACACGGAGGUACCGUCUAAAGUCCUCUCGACUCCUUUACAUACAGAGGAGGAAAACGUUCAAAGAUUGGCGCCAAACAAGCUAUCCGAGAAUAUAAUGAAGUGUCUUGUUUUCAUCUACGUGAGGCUACUCCGAACAUCACGAGUGAUGGAGCUCGAGAAAUCGGGCCCCAUUGCACGUUCGAUGAAUUUCUCCUUGAGUUUCAGGGCAGAGACGAGUUCUGCCAUGUUUCAGAAAGAUUCACGGCAGCAAGAUCCUUAUGGUAUAUUCGACUUGGAGGAGUCUUUAUCGAGAGAUAUUGGUCCUUAUAAGAACUUGAUCAGGUUUACGUCAAGCUCAAUGGACAUGAAAUGCAUUCAGAACUCGAGCUCGGUCCCUUUGUUUCAGAAAUUAAAGGUGUUAAUGGAUGGUCUUCAGAAGGUGGAUUUGAGGUUCUUGAGUCAUCAGCAGAAGCUCGCGUUUUGGAUCAACAUGUACAAUGCUUGUAUCAUGCAUGCGACUCUCAACAUAGCCGGUAACACAAUCAACGCUCAAGCCAUCGAGCAUUUUAUCCUCAGGAAACCGAAAGACAAACUAGUCAAAGAGAUUCUUGGCAAAGACGAACGAGACACUAAGAAAAUGAUCGUCCACGAACUGUACGGAAUCGAGUCACCUGACCCAAACAUCAUAUUCGCCUUGUGCUGUGGCACUCGUUCUUCUCCAGCAGUGAAGGUAUACACAGCUGAUGGAGUGGCAGGGGAGCUAGAGAAGUCGAAACUUGAUUACCUGCAGGCAGCAAUAAUGGUAACAAGCUCGAAAAAAAUAGCAGUCCCCGAACUUGUGCUGAAGAACAUGAACGAUUUUGCACACGACAAGGAAUCGUUGACCGAGUGGAUUUGCCAUCAGCUGCCGGCAUCGUGCUCUCUCAGAAAAGCGAUAGUCGAUUGUUUAAGGGGCCCACAUGCUGCUGGCAAGGCAUCAUCUGCUGUUGUGGACAACAUGCCCUAUGAGUUUGAGUUUCAGUAUUUACUGCCUACAUGAUCAUCCUUUCAAGUUUCAAAUUAUAGCGUGUAACUAUAAUUCUUUUUUUUUUUUCCUCUCUCUCUCUACUUUGGUUUAAUUCUUUGGUAUUGAAUUUGGUGAAAAAAGGGACUAGUGUCAUAAGAGAUUAUACAUAUCAAUGUAUGGAGUCACAUUAUACUUUAGCAUCAUGGAAAUGAAUAUAUGGCUAGGCAAGCCUUGGAUCAACUUUUGUACUUAAUUUAGUUUUUCGC